AUGCAUGAAAAUGGCGAGAGUGGCCACGACGACGGCGUGGUGGCGCUGCGGCACGGGGGCCGCGUCGCGCCCGUCAGGCUCGCCUGCUGCCUCGCCUAUUUCGCCAUCCCCUAUGCCAAGCCGCCCCUCGGCCACCUACGUUUCAAGGCACCGCAGCCUGUGGAACCGUGGUCCGGGGUUCGACGCCCAGAGCGGGAGGGCAACAACUGCGUGCAGGACUCGUUCGGCCUGCUACUGGGGCCCCUCCCGACUUCAGAAGACUGCCUCUUCCUCAACGUCUACACCGACACGAUGCCGGAAGACGUGGAGCAGCCGCGGCCGGUCAUGGUGUGGCUGCACGGCGGCGCCUUCGCCAUCGGUUCCGGCAGCCGCUUUAUGUACGGACCCGACUACCUGGCUGCUCGAGGGGUCCUGCUCGUCACGCUCAACUAUCGCCUCGGGCCUUUUGGCUUCCUGAGCACGGCCGACGCUGAAGUUCCGGGCAACAUGGGCCUCAAGGACCAGGCGCUGGCGCUUCGCUGGGUGCGCGACAACAUCGCCGCGUUCGGCGGGGACCCACACAACGUCACCGUCUUCGGCGAGAGCGCCGGCGCUGCCUCCGUGCACCUCCACAUGUUGUCACCCGCUAGCACAGGCCUGUUCUCGCGGGCCAUCUCGCAGAGCGGCAGCGCGCUCAGCCCGUGGGCCACAGUGGACGCUCAGCGGGCCAGAGAGGCGGCGCUCGCGCUGGCGGCAGCUGUGGGUUGCCAUGGUAACCAGUCGGCGGCGCUGGUGGACUGCCUGCGCGGCGUGCCCGCCACCGACCUUAGCACCGCCGCGGCGCGCGCCCUCACCAACCGCCGCCCCGACCAGCUGGGGUACAGCCCGUUCCAGUUCCUGCCGGUGGUGGAGGACUUCCUGGCAGCGGGCGACCGUGAGGACGCGUUCCUGCACGGCGACCCGCGGGAGCUCAUGCGCCUCGGCCUCUUCGCCGAAGUCCCCUUCAUCGCCGGCAUCAACUCCAACGAGGCGCUGCCCUUCGCUCGCUUCUUGAUGAUGCGGCGGUCCUCCUGGGCGCCAGGGGGCAAGGGUUAUCCCGGGCUGCUGCCGCCGCGUGUGCGGGAGAGCUGCGAGGGGCCGCGGCUGGAGGAGGCAGCUGACCGGCUCAGGAGCUUCUACUUCCACGGCGAGGACCUCGACGAAGACAGGUUCACCGAGAUGAUGACCGACGCCCUCUUCUUCGACGGCAUCCAGGAAACCGUCGAGUUGUUCGCCGCUUCAUCGAGUUCUCCAAUAUACGAAUACCUCUUUGAGGUCGACGGAGAGCGAAACUUGCUGAAGAGACUGAUGUUCAACGCAAAGAAAGCAGGCGCGUGCCACGCGGACGACCUGGCCUACCUGUUCUCGAUGCAGCUGCCUCUGCUGCCGGCGCCGGCGCCAUCAUCGUUGGAGGAACUCACCAUAGAGCGCAUGACCACCAUGUGGACCGACUUCGCUAAGACUGGAGACCCGACCCCCCGAGCCCGCGAGGGGGAUGGCGCCGUAGCCACCCCGUGGCUGCCUUACGACCCCACUUCGCAGAACUUCCUUCGCAUCAGCCGGCAGCUCAGCCUGGAGCAACACCUGUGGGGCGAUCGCCGUCACUUCUGGAGAAAUCUCACCUGCUGAAAGCGUCGCUCAGCCAGGUCACUCUGUGGAGGCUACAGAUUGACUGUAAUAAUAAUCUAUUGUGUCUCCCUGUUCGGAACGUCGCAUGAAAACAUGUUUCUGAAA